UUUCUCAUCUGUUAUUUCGUUUGCUAGAUGUCCGACGAUCUAGAUGCGUAUGCAAAAAGAUACCCGCAUAGGACUAAAUCAUGGUUGAGGGCAUACGAGUCUAGGAAGAAAUCCAAGGGGGCCAAGAUCCAUGUCGAUAGUUGUUUCGCUCCAAAAGAUGUUUAUGAAGUAGUAGUUCAGUUUAUGGCCGACCAGAGAGCGGCCGUAGUGGAUAUUGGGCUCGGGGGGAUGCUGACGUAGACAACUUCACGCACAUGGACCGUGAGUUCUCCUGGAACUUGUUACUGAACACCGGUGCCGAGUGCUCUGCCCUUAAGAUAGAAGAAGGCGUCUACGUCACUUUUAACGUGAUUGACAUUCACAACAUCUUAGGCACGCCUAUCGGGGGAGAGAUCGACAUAGAAAACACAUAUGCUGCACCCACGUCAGACCAAAUCAAGAAGAUUAGGGGAAUGCUAGAUUUAGAAGAUCUCCCUCUGUAUCUGACGCCCGCUGACCUGCGGUGGGCUCUCAAGAAACCAUGCCAAAACCCCUUUUCCGAGGAAGACAGAGUCCGAACCCAGAUUGGUUUUUCCAUGCUUUGCAUUUCCACUUGUUUCAGUCCUAGGGACAAAAGAACAACAAUCCCAGGGGAAGCGUAUGAGAUAUGCAUGGACCCCUCGAACCUGCAUAAGGUCAACUGGGGGAAAUACAUAGACAGUGAACUACUCCGCACGGCAACAAGAUGCAAGAAGCUUUUAAGAGAAAGGAGGACGCCCCACGUGUACGGAUGCGUAUUAGUGUUGCAGGCGCUCCACUUUGACUCUGUUGACUGCUCUACGUUUGUCAAUCCCGAUCUGUCCGUGCGUCCAAGAAUAAGGUUCUUCACAGCUGGCAACCUCGGCAGACUUAUACUUGGCAACACCAUCCCAGGCACUGUUCCUAAGCAGUACGGUGUGAUGAAGGCUAGGGUGGUGCCAACUCAAAACCUCCCGUGGGACACGACACAUGUCAGGCGCAAAAUCGCAGAGGUGAAUCAUAAUCCUCCUGUGUACAAGUUAGUACUUGGUUUACCAUGA